AUCCCCGCGUCCGCCCGCCCGCCCGCGCCCGCUGCCGCUGCUGCUUCCAACGCACGCGAGCUCCGCGGCAUCCGCAUCCGAAUCAGCACACGAUCCCCGCGCCACUUGCCCCGCCCGCCCGCCCGCCGGCCAAUGCCCGGCGCGAUGAGAUGAGACGCCGCCGCCCCGCGGCGCUGCUCGCCCUCCUCACGCGCGCCAGCAGCGCCCGCCUACAUCGGGGAUCCCUCCUCCUCUCACCCUCCCCCCACCAGCGCCGCAUUUAUUCCCUUCCCCAGCACGACAGCGGUCACGCUUCCGUCGUCCCGUCCGUCUCGUCGCAUCCGGCGCUGCCCCCGCCUAUUUAAGGGGCGCGGGCUGAGAGCCAGCGAUAAUGCUCUUCUCCAGGAGGCCCCUCGCCGCCGCGCUCCACCUCGCACCCCUCUCACCUCCCUUGCUCCUCUUCUUCGCGUCCGCCUCGUCGUCGUGCUCGCCCGCCGCCCCCGCAUCGGUCUCCGGGUCCAGAGGUUGUAGUGCUAUAAGGAUGGACAGCGGUGCAGUGGAGACAGCCUCCACUGGGGCAGUAUGGUCAACACCUUCGGCAGAACCGAGAAGCAUUUCUACCGGGAAGGAGAUAUUCUGCAACAGGUCACUCAACAUGAGGAACAUCACAGCAGUGGGAUUUGAUAUGGACUACACUCUUGCACAGUACAAGCCUGAGACCUUCGAGUCCCUUGCUUACUAUGGUACAAUUGAGAAGCUUGUGAAGGAUCUGCACUACCCUGAAGAGCUGUUGACUUGGGAGUUUGAUUGGAAAUACAUGGUCAGAGGAUUAGUUCUUGAUAAGAAGAGAGGAAAUAUUUUGAAGAUGGACCGACACAAGUAUGUAAAAGUUGCAUACCAUGGUUUUAGGGAAUUGUCGAAAGAAGAAAAAGUUGCUGCUUAUGGGAGUACAUUGAUAAGAGACUCAUUUGAUGAACCUGAUUAUGCCCUUAUAGAUACGCUUUUCUCAUUGGGUGAAGCUUAUCUAUUUGCUCAGCUUGUUGAUUUCAUGGACAGUAAUCCUGGAAAAGUACCUGCAGGCACAGACUAUCCGCUUAUGUAUAAAGAUGUGAGGUCUGCGGUUGACUUGUGUCAUCGUGAUGGAACAUUAAAGCGGAUGGUUGCGAAGGACCCUGGCAGGUACAUCAAUGAGGACUUGGCAAUUGUACCAAUGCUUGAAAUGAUAAAGAAAUCUGGACGCUCAACAUUCUUGGUGACAAAUAGUUUGUGGGACUACACCGAUGUUGUCAUGAAUUACCUUUGUGGACCAUACACUUCAGAUGCAGGAUCUGGUCUCAACCACAAGUGGCUUCAAUAUUUUGAUAUUGUAAUAACUGGCAGUUCGAAGCCAAGUUUCUUCCACGAUGAUAACCGUGCGGGCCUCUUUGAAGUUGAGCCUGAUUCCGGAAAACUUCUAAAUGCUGAUAUUCAGAUUGGAAGCCCAAGAUCAAGUCAUCAGCAUGCAACGCCAGUUCACAAAGUUUACCAGGGAGGCAAUGUUGGUCAUCUUCACAGAUUACUUUCUGUUGCUUCUAGUUCACAGAUCCUCUAUGUUGGUGAUCACAUAUAUGGAGAUAUUCUGCGCAGCAAGAAAGUUCUGGGCUGGCGGACUAUGCUGGUGAUUCCAGAACUGGAGCAUGAGGUGAAGCUUCUUUCAGAAUCAAAGUCGAUUCGGAAGGAGCUUAGACAUCUUAGAAUGGAGCGUGAUUCAAUUGAAGACAGAAUCCAUCAUCUUGAAUGGUCUCUUAAAUUUGAUGAUCUCACAGAAAAUCAGAAGGAAAAGUUGUUCUCUGAACAUGUCAAUCUGCUGCAACAGCGAGAGCAUGCUCGCCGCCUUCAUCAAGAGGCUCAAAGGCAACAUCAUCAGAAGUUUCAUAAGGUGUGGGGACAGCUCAUGAAGACUGGGUACCAAAAUUCUCGAUUUGCUCAUCAGGUCGAGAGGUUUGCGUGCCUGUACAGCAGCCAGGUUACAAACUUCGGUUUGUAUUCCCCCAACAAGUACUAUCGCCCGAGCGAAGAUUACAUGCCCCAUGAGUUCGAUGUGCUUGAGCUGUAGGAGCAGUCCCUAGCUCAAAGCUCCCCGUUGUAAUUGAACCGCAGCAGGAUAGGAGGGUGAUUUUAGCUGUGGGCAUGGAUUAACAUGUGUAGUUGCCGUAUUUAUAGAGCGAAAGAUUCACUCAUUGGACAUGUUAUAUCUGAGUAUUGUGGGUUAUGUAUAGUAACUAUAGUUUCACAUAGAGCAAUGCAUUUAUCUGUAUAUUUUUGUACAUAACAAGUUUUAAGCAGAAGCAAAGGAAAGCAAUGCCGAUCAUGUCUCAA